GAUUUUUUGAAGACAUAAGUGAGUUCUUAGCAAAAAAAUAGAAAUUAAAUUAACGUGAAAAAAAAAAAGAUUUCCCCAAAUAAAUCAUGGAUAGUUAUCAGCGUCGUCAAAUGUGUCGAGUGAAAGUGGAUCCGGAAGAUGAAAUAGUGAUUUCGGGUAUUUCUGGAAGAUUUCCAAAUUCACAUAAUAUAUCGGAAUUAAGUCACAACUUAUAUAAUAAGAUUGACAUGAUUGAACCUGUCGGUAAAAGAUUUAAAAGUGUAAAUGAUGCCAUUCCAAAGCGUUCUGGAAUAACUCACAAUCUUGAUAAGUUCGACGCAAACUUUUUCUCAAUUAAUCGUCGCUCUGCUUUGUUUAUGGAUCCUCAGCAAAGAAUACUUCAAGAACAUACAUACGAGGCAAUAUUAGAUGCUGGAAUGUGUCCAAAGGAACUUCGAGGAAGUAGAACUGGUGUUUUUGUUGGAUGUUGUUCAGCUGAGAUUGAUGAUUACUUGAUAUUCUCGGAUUUUCCUAAAGAUGGCAUGGGAAUGCUUGGAACAGCACGUGCUAUGUUAGCAAAUCGCAUUUCGUUCUCAAUGGAUUUUAAGGGACCAUCAUUGCAGGUUGACACAGCUUGUAGCAGCUCUGGUUAUGCCUUAGAUUUGGCAUUUAGUGCCAUUCGAAGUGGAGAGUGUGAAGCCGCAAUUGUUGGAGGAUCUAAUCUUAUUAUUAACGAAUCAUCGUCAAUUCAAUUUUCUAGAUUAGGAGUUCUAGCUAUGGAUGGAAUUUGUCGUCCAUUUGAUGAAAACGCUCAUGGUUAUGUUAGAGCUGAAGCAAUCACAACUCUGUUCCUACAAAAAAGAAAAGAUGCAAAACGAGUUUACGCUACUGUAGUUUAUUCUAAGACAAAUGUUGAUGGAUUUAAAAAUGAAGGCAUAACAUUUCCAUCGGCAGAACUUCAAACGAAAUUAUUCACAGAACUGUAUCAAGAAAUCGGAAUACAUCCAAAAAAUGUUGAUUAUAUUGAAGGACACAGUACAGCAACUCGAGUUGGAGAUCCAGAGGAAUGUAGUUCGAUUGAUCAAAUGUUUUGCAGGCAUCGUACAGAACCACUUUUAAUUGGAUCUAUUAAAUCAAAUAUGGGUCAUUCUGAAGCUGCUGCAUCAAAUUGUUCAGUCAUUAAAUCUAUUUUGAUUUUUGAGAAUGAAAAAAUUCCACCAAAUCUACAUUUAACAAAAGUUCGACAAGAUGUUCCAGCACUUGCAUCAGGACGACUCAAGCCAGUCACUGAAUUAACAGAUUUUAAAGGAAGCUUGAUUGCAGUCAAUAGUUUUGGUUUCGGUGGUGCCAAUUCUCAUAUAAUAUUAGGAAAACAUACAAAAGACAAACUUGAUCGUGGAAUUCCAACUGAUAACCUUCCUAGAUUGUUAGUUUGGUCAGGCAGAACUGAAGCAGCAAUAAAUGCAAUUUUCGAUAGUGUUACAAAGCAACCGCUUGAUGCUGAAUAUAUGGCACUUCUUCAAAAUACACAAAUUUCGACUCAAUCGUCUAAUACUUAUCGUGGAUAUGCAAUUUAUACCCAAGAACCUGAAUCUCCAACUGCAACAUGUAAUGAUCGUCAUAUUGAUAACUUUUCGGUAGCACGAAGACCUGUUGUUUGGGUUUUUAGUGGUAUGGGAUCUCAAUGGACUGGAAUGGGUGCUGAUUUAAUGAAGAUUCCUAUUUUUGAAAAUUCCAUCAGAAAGUGUCAUGACAUCCUUGCCAAAAAAGGAAUAGACUUGAUCAAAAUCAUCACAUCAGAUGAUCCAACAAUAUUCAACAACAUCAUGCAUUCAUUCAUUGGCAUAUCAGCAAUUCAAAUUGGCUUAACAAAUAUUUUAAAAGCAGUUGGACUGGAACCAGAUUAUAUUAUUGGACAUUCAUUUGGUGAACUUGGAUGUGCAUAUGCUGACAAUUGCUUAACAGACGAGGAAAUGAUUCUUGCAUCAUACUCACGUGGACUUGCAUCAAUAGAAAAUAAAACAGUAUUCGGAUCAAUGGCUGCUGUUGGAGUUGGACAUAAAGAAUUAAAAUCAAUGCUUGAUGACGGAAUUCAAAUUGCUUGUCAUAAUAGUUCAGACUCGUGCACGAUCUCAGGACCAGCUGAACUUGUUGCUGAAUUUGUCAAAAAAUUAAAGAUGCAAAAUAUUUUCGCAAAGGAAGUCCAAUGUUCAAAUAUUGCCUAUCAUAGCUCAUACAUAUCCAAUUUAGGUCCAACCUUGUUGAAUACAUUAAAACCAAUUAUUCAAAUGCCAAAACAACGAUCAGAAAAAUGGAUAUCCACAAGUGUACCGAAAAGUGAAUGGAACUCACUUGAAUGCAGAUAUUCAUCUGGUCAAUAUCAUACAAAUAAUUUGUUAAAUCCAGUUCUGUUCGAAGAAGGUUGUGAAAAUCUUCCGAAAAAUUCUUUAACUAUUGAAAUUGCUCCUCAUGGCUUGUUGCAGGCAAUUAUGAAGCGAUCGUUACCCGAAGGCAUGCAUUUUAGUUUGACUAAACGUGGAAAUACUGAAAGUUCAAUGCUACUUUAUAAUGCUCUUGGUAGAUUAUUUGAAAAUGGUAUCGACUUAGACUUGAGCAAACUUUAUCCACCAAUUGAGUUUCCAGUUUCUAGAGGAACUCCAAUGAUUUCGUCAUUAAUCAAAUGGGAUCACGAGGCAACAUACGAGAUUCAUACUCAUGACACUAAAGAAGUAAAUCAUAAAAUAUUUGAUGUGCAUUUAUCAGAACCUGAAUAUACUUACAUCGCAGGACAUGAGAUUGAUGGACGUGUUUUAUUCCCAGCUACAGGAUACUUGCAUUUGGUAUGGAAAACGUUUGCUGCACAAUUAAAAGAAAACUUCAAUACUUUGGAUGUUAUGUUUGAGGAUGUGAAAUUUGUUCGAGCAUGUCCUAUUAAUAAGGAUGCAGAAUAUAUGUUAACUGUUAUGGUGCAUCGAGGAACUGGUCAGUUUGAAGUAAGUGAAGGAAAUUCAACUCUUGUUACUGGAAUCGUUCGUCUUUGCGAUAACUCUAAGUUGACUGAUAUUGAAGAUAAAGAUGAUGACAAUCUGGAACUUGAGGCUACAGACUUCUACAAAGAACUUCGUCUACGAGGAUAUCAUUACAAAAAUUUAUUCAAAUCAGUUGUUUCAGCUAAAAUGGACAGUUCAAGGGGCAAACUUAAAUGGGAAAAAAAUUGGGUUACGUUCCUUGACUGCCUCCUUCAAAUUCAAAUUAUAUCGAAGGAUACUAGAUCAUUAGCUCUUCCAACUGGCAUUAAGAAAAUGAUUAUUAAGAGGAAUGAACAUGAAAAACUAAUGUCGGAACUAGGAGAGAAUCCAAUAGCUGAAGUCAAAUAUUGCCCAGAUUUGAAUAUUCUUCGAUGCGGUGGUAUAGAAAUUCGUGGUCUUAUGGCACAAACUGUCAGUAGACGUCCACCAAAAGGAAUUCCAGUACUUGAAAGUCAUCAAUUUGUUCCUCACUUUCCAACUCCAAGUUUCUCAAAAACUGAUAUUGGACGAUUUUGUGUGCAGUUGGCGAUUGAAAAUGAUCAAGUUGCAAAGGUUUCAUGUGUUGAAAUUGACAUGAAGGAUGAACGGGAGCCAUUAUGUGAAUAUUUUGGACAAGCUUUAAAUGAUCUUCCUCUUGUUACAGCGGAACUAAACUAUUUAACAUCACAAGAGAUUGAAAUUCCUCAAACAACUGUUUCAAGUUCUGAAUUGUCAGCAUUUAGCAACCAGACAUUUGUUAUCAAGUCCAAUUGCUUGUUCGAUGCUGAUUUCUUGGAAAAUGUUAAAAAGUAUAUUAGUGACAAUUCCUACAUCAUUUCCAGAGAGUCGAAAGAUUGUGAAAUCUUUUAUGAUUAUGAAGGAUCACAAGGCUUUAAAAUAGUUGCUGUCAUACCAACUGAUAGUGAAACUUUAGUAAUGAUGCAAUAUAAAAAAGUGCCACUUUCAACUCCAUCGUCCAUAAUAAAAAUUACGAAUAUCGACAAUAAUUAUUCAUGGCUUGAAAUGUUUAAGACAAAAGCCAAGACUGAGCCAACAUUAAUUUAUGCUGAAAAGGAAAGCCAGUCUGGAAUUUUAGGUCUAGCUAAUUGCAUCAGAAAAGAACCAAGUGGAAGUAAUUUGCGUUGUGUAUUUAUUGAUGAUGAAUCAGCACCGCCAUUUGAUAUUGAAGAUCCAUUCUACAAGACACAACUUAGUAAAGAUUUAGCAAUUAAUGUCUAUAAAAAUGGUAAAUGGGGAAGCCUUAAACACUUCUUAGUUAACCCUAAUUAUGAAGCAUCGCCAUACGAAGCUUCUUGUUAUGCAAAUGGAUUAAUUAGAGGUGAUCUAUCCUCAAUUAAAUGGCUUCAAAGUCCAAAAGUUGAAAAUUCUGACAACAUUGUUAAGGUUCAAUACGCUGCAUUGAAUUUCCGAGAUGUAAUGUUGGCAACUGGAAAGCUGUCAGCUGAGACAAUGGGAGAUAACAGAAUGGAUUUGAUGUGCUUGAUGGGAAUUGAAUUUGCUGGUACGAAAGAAGGACGUCGUGUUAUGGGAAUGAAAUCAGCUGGUGCUAUGGCAACUCAUGUUGAUGCUGAUGAAAUAUUAUUAUGGGAUGUUCCAGACAAUUGGUCACUUGAAGAAGCAGUAACAAUUCCAUGUGUUUAUGGAACAGUUUAUGCUGCAUUCUUCAUAACAACGAAGAUCCAGAAAGGCAAAUCAAUUUUAAUUCAUGCUGGCUCAGGUGGAGUUGGAUUAGCAGCUAUUCGAGUGGCAUUUGCUUAUGGAUUAGAAGUUUUUACAACAGUCAGUACAGAAGAAAAGAAGAACUACAUUUUAAAUGAGUUCCCUGAACUUAAACCUGAAAAUAUUGGAAAUUCUCGUGACACAACAUUUGAAGACAUGAUUAUGAAACGAACACGUGGUAAAGGAGUUGAUUUUGUACUUAAUUCACUAGCUGAAGAAAAGUUAACAGCUUCUGUUAGAUGCUUGGGCAAAGGUGGAAAGUUUUUGGAAAUCGGUAAAUUUGAUAUGGCAAAUGACAAUAAGAUUGGUCUUGGAGACUUUUUAAGAGAACUAACAUUCCAUGCUGUAUUGGUCGACAACAUGUUCAAGGCAUCAGCAGAAGAAAAAUUAGUCUUGAAAAAGCUACUGGACGAUGACAUGAGAAGAGGAAUAAUCAAGCCAUUGAAAACAAAUGUUUUUAAUGCUGAUGAGAUUGAAAGUGCUUUCCGAUUUUUAGCAAGUGGCAAGCACAUUGGAAAAGUUGUCCUUAAGAUUCGUGAGAAUGAGGAUGAUAAUGCUACACUCCCGAUUUCAGUUCUUCCAAGAAUUUAUUGCAAUCCAGAGCAUUCUUACAUUAUUUGUGGAGGCUUAGGAGGUUUUGGUUUGGAACUUGCUGAUUGGCUAAUUAUUAGAGGCUGCAGAAAUCUAGUUCUAAGUACAAGUCGAGGAAUAACAAAGAAAUAUCAAGCCUAUAGAAUUAAAUUAUGGGAAUCUUAUGGAGUCCAUAUUCAAGUCAAUAAAUCAAACAUUAGUACAAGGCAAGGAUGUGAACAAUUGAUCAACGAUGCUGUAAGGAUCGGUACAGUUGGUGGAAUUUUCAAUUUAGCAGUUCAACUACGCGACAGCAUAUUAGAAAAUCAAACAGUUGCUACAUUUGACGAAUGUAUGGCACCUAAAGCAUAUGCUACUAAGUAUUUGGAUGAGAUCUCAAGAACCAAGUGUCCAAGCUUGCAAUACUUUGUCAUCUUUUCAAGUGUUUCUUGUGGACGUGGAAAUGCAGGACAAACCAAUUAUGGAAUGGCAAAUUCAGUCAUGGAAAGGAUAAUUGAAGAAAGACAUAAUCUUGGAUUACCAGCAAAAGCAAUUCAAUGGGGUGCAGUAGGAGAAGUUGGAAUUGUUGCAGACAUGCAAGAAGAUAAAAUUGACAUGGAAAUUGGAGGAACUUUACUACAAAGAAUAUCUUCAUGCUUAGAAGAACUUGAUACAUUGAUUACUGUUGACAGUCCAAUUGUUGCAAGCAUGGUCGUUGCUGAGAAGAGAUAUAAAGGAUCUGGAAAAGGUGGCGUCCUUGAAAUGCUCAUGACAAUUAUGGGUAUUAAAGACAUGAAAAGUUUAUCACUGGAAACAAAACUCUCAGAACUUGGUAUGGACUCAUUGAUGACAGUUGAAAUUUCACAAACUUUAGAACGAGAUUUCAACAUUAUAAUUACACCACAGGAACUACGCUCAUUGACAGUUGCACAAUUAAAAGCACUUGAGGAUAGCGGAGUUAAUGCAAUUCCUGAAAAUGUAAAAGUUGGACUCGAAUUUAUAGUAAAGAAUUUUGGCGAUGAAAGUACCAGCCAUUUGACAAUAGUCAAGCUUAAUGAUAAAGCAGAAGACAGCAAUACAAAAGCAUUAAUUUUUCCUGGAAUUGAAGGUGUUGGUGGACAAAUAUUUUACGAAUUUGCAAACCAAUUGAAAUAUCCAGCAUAUCUGCUUCAAUGUGCCAAUAUUUGGAAUAUUAGUAAUUUAGAUGAGAUGUGCUCUGCCUUGAUUAAGGAUAUUGAAAAGCUGUAUAUAAAUGACUCGAAAUUCCUAUUUAUUGGAUAUUCUUAUGGCUCAAUAUUAGCUUUAAAAUUAGCAAAAUUGUUAGAGAAUUUAGGAAAAUCAGGAAAAGUCAUUAUAAUUGAUGGAUCUCCUAGUUCAUCGAAGAAAAUUCUUACUGAGAUCGUGUCAGGAUCUGGCAAUGCCGAAGAUACAAUCCAAGCAAUCGUAUUAGAUAUUAGCUUAAAAUAUACAUUCCCAAAUGACACAAGCGACCGCAAAAAAGCUGUAAUAGCUGAACCAACUUGGGAAGCCAAAUUAAAGAAGUUUGGAGAAUUAUAUCAUGACUUUGAGCUUUAUUCUAAAGAGUAUUGCUUUAAAGCUGCUACAUUAAUGAAGAAUCGUAUGAUAGCUGGAUAUAACUUAUCGAUUGACGACUUUUCAAUCAUUAAAUCACCAAUUCAUCUAGUUAAGCCAACUGAAGCAACAGUAAUUAAUGAAGAACACGAUUUUGGAUUAAAAGCAUAUUCAGACAAUGAAAUUCAUGUGACUACACUGGACGGAAAUCAUUCAACACUGCUACAGAAUCAAGAACUUUUCAAUAUUAUUAAUUCUAUUUUCGGAAUUUUUUAAAGCUUUAAUUUAACUUAAUGUUUAAAAAGUCGGGUUUAAGUUGGUUUCAAUGAAAUUAGUUAAGUUAAUUAAGCAUUAUGUAGAACAAAACUGCAAAUAAAAGUUAAAUGUAAGCUUA